UUAAAAACAAGGAAAGGAAAGCGCGGCGAAGGACAGUUGGUGACGCGGAAAGGAGAAGUCUCAGUGGAGGGAAAGGAGAAAAUAGAUGCACACGCUUGGAUUGGAUCUUAAAUCACAAGCGAGAGAGCAUUAUUGCUGUUCAGUAUUCUUCAUUUUCCUGAGAAUUAGAAAGAGAGAAAACGAAGGGAACAAAAUUAACGAACUAAAAAAGAUGAACAAAGUCAAGAGCUUGUUAAAACCGAAACCCAACCCAUCAGAGCAGCUGAGAGAUUGGCAGAGACGACUUCGCCAAGAGUGCCGCAACCUCGAGCGCCAAAUCAGAGAUAUUCAGAAAGAAGAGAAGGCUGUUCAUAAAUCCAUUAGAGAGGCUGCCAAGAGAAAUGACAUGGGCACAGCCAAGGCACUUGCAAAGGAAAUUUUGAUGUCGAGGAAAGCUGUAAAUCGCCUUCAUGAAAAUAAGGCCCAACUGAAUUCAAUAUCAAUGCACCUCGGAGAAAGUGUUGCACUUGCCCGUACUGUUGGUCAUCUGUCAAAGAGUGCAGAGGUCAUGAAACUUGUCAAUAACCUCAUGAAAGCUCCGGAAAUGGCUGCCACAAUGCAAGAAUUUACCAAAGAAAUAACCAAGGCUGGGGUGAUUGAAGAAUUUGUAAAUGAUGCUGUUGAUUCGGCAUUAGAUUCGGAAGAUAUAGAAGAGGAAACCGAAGAAGAAGUUGAAAAGGUCCUGAGUGAAAUAGCUGGUGAGACAGCUGCACAGCUUCCAGAAGCGGUCAGAAAGGAGAGGACAAAGGUAGCUGCCCAGGGAGCUAGUGCUUCACAAGACGAAGAAGCUAUAGCAGAGGGUGCCGAUGAUGAGGAAGAGUUAGAAGAAUUGAGGGCACGGCUUGCUCAAGUGAGAUCGUAACUUUUCAUGACGUACUUGCAGCUUGUUCCCUUGUUAUUAGGGAAAAGUGUUUGUGUAUUUUGUAAAGGCCUAUAUUUAGUACAUCCAAAGUUUAGAAAGUUAUUGUUCUAUUCAACAGUUGAGGGCUCUAGACACAGCUACAAUGUAUAAACAAGACAAACAUUAUAUCGAUCAGUUAUCUAAUAGAUGCCUUAUUAGUUAUAACUAUGUUCUGUUUGUGCA